AUGAGAAUGGAAGUAUUCAUGUUCAUCUUUGUGAUGGUUUACCUGACCACAAUACUUCCGACACAGGCUUCAUUAGCGAAGCCAGGUUGCCAGGAGAGAUGUGGAAACUUAACUAUUGCAUAUCCAUAUGGUAUUGGGUCGGGUUGUUACUUGAACAAAUCAUUUGAAGUUUUUUGCAAUAGAUCAUCACAAAGUCUUUAUUCUCUUCAAAUUGUGCAUAAUCAGGAGAUUCCCAUAUUAGAUAUCUCCACGGAGUCGGUACGUGUAGUUGGAAAGCCUGAUCUUGUAUGCGGUGAUCAUGGGAUCACUACAACAGAAAAAACAGUUAGACUGGAGCCACAUUUCUCAUACUCUCAUCAUCGAAAUAUCUAUGUGGCAGUAGGAUGUGACACAGCUGCUACAUUCUACGUGGCAGGUGCCACGAGUGACAAUGAAGUUGGGUGCUCCUCACUUUGUUUAGUGGACACUUUUAGCAAUUUUGGCACUUGUAUGGGCAUCGAUGGAUGCUGCCAAAAAAAUAUCCCAGCAGAAUCAGCCGCCUAUACUUCCCUAGUUGGCAGCAUAAAAAGCACUCCAACUUGCAGUGGUGCAUUCAUUAUUGAGAAGAACUUUCGGCGACCAUUGUCUAAUAGAUGGCAAGAUAUAGACUACUUCCCUGUGGCCUUGAAUUUGGUUAUUGACUUUGGUACAUGCCAGCAAGCUUAUAAAAGAGAAGGCAGUUUAUGUGGCCAAAAUAGCUAUUGUGUUGACUCCGCCAUGGGCCAUGGAUAUCGCUGCCGAUGCUUGGAAGGCUACAAAGGGAACCCUUAUCUUCCUGAUGGAUGCAAAGAUAUUAAUGAGCGUCAGAACAACCACUCUGGUACGGAUGAGCGCUGCGUCAAAAUGCCUGGGAGAUAUGAGUGUGUUUUGCCAUACCAAGGAAGUAUAGCAUUUGGGAUUGUGCUUAUAGUUGUUAUUGUUAUUGGAUAUUGGGCCUAUAUAAAACUUGCAAGAAGAAAGAAAAAUGUGAUGAAACAGAAAUGCUUCAUAAGGAAUGGUGGACAACUGUUGAAACAACAAAUUUCAGGAAAUAGAUCAUCUGUGAUGAAAAUCAAAAUUUACACUGAAAAAGAGAUGUUGAAGGCAACGGAAGGUUUUAAUAGAAAGCGGAUCCUUGGAAAGGGAGGACAAGGUACAGUAUACAAAGGGUUGUUGCCGGAUGGAACUGUUGUAGCAAUAAAAAAGUCAAAUGCAGUAGACGAAGAUCAAGUAGAGCAAUUUGUUAACGAACUUCUCAUCCUUGCACAGAUAAACCAUAGGAAUGUAGUGAAGCUAUUAGGUUGUUGCUUGGAAUAUGAAGUCCCAUUAUUAGUAUACGAGUAUUUAUCCAAUGGUACCCUCUCAGAACACCUCUUUGAUGGAGCGGAUGUCUCCAAAUUUUCAUGGAAAGAUCGUAUACGAAUUGCAAAGGAAGUUGCAGAAGCGCUAGCCUAUUUGCAUUCUUAUGCAUCCUCCGCGAUAUUUCAUAGAGAUAUCAAGCCGGUCAAUAUCUUACUUGACGAGAACUACAGAGCAGUACUGUCUGACUUUGGACUUUCCAGGUCAAUACCUCUUAGCAGAACACAUCUAACUACACAAGUUGAAGGCACGUUUGGAUACUUAGAUCCAGAGUAUUUCGAGUCAGGGCAAUUUACUGCAAAGAGUGAUGUGUAUGCCUUUGGUGUGGUCCUUACUGAACUUUUAACUAAAAGAAAAGUCGUUUCUUCAGUUGAUUCAGAUGACAGUCUGAUUCCACGGUUCCAAUAUUUGAUGAAACAGAAUCGAGUGUUUGAGAUUUUGGACAAGCAAGUUACUCGUGAAGCUUUGAUAAAUGAGGUUUUUCUUGUAACCAAGCUUGCUAAGAGAUGUAUGAAAAGGAAUGCAAAGAAAAGACCAAGUAUGAAAGAGGUGAUAGCAGAUUUGAACAAAAUAAGGCUGCUACAACGGGAAUUUCCUCAUAAGAGCGCCAUAGAUGAUUUCACAUCAGCUCUGUGA